CAUAACCCGGACAAUGGACAUUGCAUCCUUGCUUUUCCUUAAAUUAAAAGGCACCCGCCACCGCCACCGCCACCGCCGCCAAAGCCACUGUUUUUCUCUUCAAAACUCAAUGCUUCUCUGCUUUUGCUGAGACUUCUUGUUUUUAUGCAAACCCAAAACUGUUUUAAGCUCUGCAAGCAAGCAACUGCGAAUCUGAGGCUUGAAGAAGAAGUAAUAGAAAAAUUAAUCUGGUUGUUUUUCCGUCUCUCCGGGAUAUAAAUCGUUCUUUUGAUCCCUCUACUUUAACUUGAUCCAGCUUGGUUUUCUCUUCUUCUUUGUUUCCUCUUGAUUUUCUAGCUUUCUCAACCUGAUUUAAGCUUGAAUUGGACGAACAUAUCUUUCCAUGGGAGGAGCUCCAGUUCUCUCGGUAGAUGAUCUAAAGGGUGGAUUUUCAAAUGGGUUUGAAUUAAAAUCCGAAGGAUCACAGACAGCAACUGUAAUUGGUGAUAAAACUUAUGUGAUCAGUGGGAAUGAUGGAGAAUCGACAUCGACGUUUGGAGUUCGAGUUUUCACUAAAUCAACUGGUGAAUGGGCUGUACCCAAAGUGCUGGGAACAAAGCCGAAUCAAUGCAAGGGUCAUGCGGCUGUGCCUUUAGAUGAGGAGAGGAUAUUAGUUGUUAGAGGCGAUUCCACCCUGGAUGAUUGCGCGUGGUUUCUUGAGGUGGACACUAAAUUCAUUAGACAGCAGAGAAACAAUUCUGACACGGAGGUGGUUGCUUGGAGUAAGGGAGUAAGAGGUGAUGUUGAGAAGCCCAUCGUUAUCAGUGGUCCUUCUGGAGUGGGCAAGGGUACAUUGAUAUCCAAACUCAUGAAGGAGUUCCCGGAAAUGUUUGGAUUUUCUGUUAGCCACACGACGCGUGCGCCAAGGAACAAGGAGGAGGAUGGGGUUCAUUACCAUUUCACCGAUCUAAGUGUCAUGGAAAAAGAUAUUAAAGAUGGCAAGUUCCUUGAGUUUGCUUCAGUUCAUGGAAACCUCUAUGGAACAAGUGUUGAAGCUGUGGAAGCGGUUGCAGAUGCAGGAAAGAUUUGCAUCCUUGACAUUGAUGUCCAAGGAGCACGGUCCGUGAGGUCGACUUCUCUUGAAGCCAUUUUUAUCUUCAUCUCCCCGCCAUCUUUUGAGGAGCUUGAGAAGCGCCUUUGCAAAAGGGGGACCGAGACAGAAGAACAGAUACAAAAGCGUCUCCAGAAUGCAAGAACAGAGCUUGAGCAAGGACAAUCGCCUGGACUCUUUGAUCAUAUCUUGAUAAACGAUGACCUUGAGACUUGUUAUGAGAACCUUAAGAAACUCUUGGGUUUAGAUGGAAGAAUAGGCGCUGCCCCUGCCCCUGCCUCUAAAUCAUUGCCAAGACUCGUAGAUCUACCUAUGGUUUCAGACCAUUUAGUGUCAAAGAUUGAUCACAGAAUCCUUAUAAAUUGUGCUACUGCAGGACCGAACAAAAAGUUGGUUUUGAUCGAGGCAUCAUCGCUUGGAGGAGGGGCGCCGGGACGAACCAGAGGACUAGACGUGUACGCGAUUGACUACCCGCUUGCAAAAUGGCGUGGAUAGCUGAACUACAGCAGCAGCCAAGAUGGCAAUCCUACAGCCUCAUUCAACUUACUUCUAGCUCACUUAUGAGAGCUUAUGAGAUUUUGCAUUACACCUGAUGAUUUUGAUAGAGAUUGAAUAUGAAAGAAAAUUGUAUCUUUGUGUAUUACUACAUAUCAAUAUACUAUCUAAUUUUUAUAGUCUAAAGAAAUAUACAAAAAGAGGAAACAAAAUCAA